AUGGUUCUCGCCGCGCAGUGCACCGCCCCGGUCGCUCGAUCAACCGAUGCGCGACGCUACUCCCUCGCCAACGCCAAGCGCGCGUGCACGAUCGCGCGCGCGCACCAACCGGGCGUCGUCAUGCCCGAGGGCGACGCGAACGCCCUGAACAAGUGGAGCCGGAAAAUCACCCAGCCCAAGUCCCAGGGAGCGUCGCAGGCGAUGCUGUACGCCACCGGUCUCACGGAGGCGGACAUGAACAAGCCGCAGAUUGGUGUUUCGUCGGUUUGGUGGCAAGGUAACCCGUGCAACAAGCACUUGCUCGACCUCGCCGGUAAGGUUGCGGAGGGCGUCAAGGCGGCGGACAUGGUGAGCUUUCAGUUCAACACCGUCGGCGUCUCUGACGGUAUCUCCAUGGGCACGCCCGGGAUGUCUUUCUCGCUUCAAUCGCGUGAUUUGAUCGCAGAUUCGAUCGAGACGGUGAUGGGUGGACAGUGGUACGACGGGAACAUCUCUCUCCCAGGUUGCGACAAGAACAUGCCGGGUACCAUCAUGGCCAUGGCGCGAUUGAACCGCCCAUCACUGAUGAUUUACGGAGGUACUAUUCGCCCGGGUGUUUCUUCAAUGACCGGUGAUACGCUCGACAUCGUUUCUGCGUUCCAAUCGUACGGGCAAUUCGUCACCGGAGCGAUCACGGAGGACCAGCGUCGGGACAUUGUGCGCAACUCUUGCCCGGGCUCGGGCGCGUGCGGCGGCAUGUAUACCGCCAACACCAUGGCGAGCUGCAUCGAAGCGCUCGGCAUGACGCUGCCAUACUCUUCUUCUAUCCCGGCCGAGGAUCCGCUCAAGAUGGACGAGUGCUUCAUGGCAGGCGCCGCCAUGAAGAACCUUCUCGAGUUGGACCUCAAGCCGCGAGACAUCAUGACUCGCGCAGCGUUCGAGAACGCCAUGGUCACCGUCAUCGCUCUCGGCGGUUCCACGAACGCCGUACUCCACUUGAUCGCUAUGGCGCACUCUGCUGGUAUCAAGUUAACCCUCGACGACUUCCAAGCCGUCUCCGACAAGACGCCGUUCAUUGCUGACUUGAAGCCGUCCGGCAAAUACGUGAUGGAGGACGUGCACAAGGUUGGCGGUACUCCGGCGGUGUUGAAGUAUUUGAUGAAAGAGGGCAUGAUCGAUGGCUCGUGCAUGACCGUCACCGGUAAGACGUUAGCCGAAAAUCUCGAGAUUUGCCCCGACUUAACGCCUGGCCAAGAAGUCAUCCUUCCGGUCAGCACGCCGAUCAAGAAGACUGGUCACUUGCAGUGCCUCUACGGUAACAUCGCUCAAGAGGGCUCCGUCGCGAAGAUUACGGGCAAGGAAGGCUUGUACUUCAAGGGUUUCGCCAAGUGCUAUGACAGCGAAGAAGAAAUGCUCGACGCGCUGUCGCGGGACUCGGAAUCCUUCAAGGGUAGCGUCAUCGUCAUUCGCUACGAAGGGCCAAAGGGUGGUCCGGGUAUGCCGGAGAUGCUCACGCCGACGUCCGCUAUUAUGGGCGCCGGUCUCGGCAAGGAUUGUGCACUCAUUACUGACGGUCGGUUUUCUGGUGGUUCGCACGGUUUCGUCAUCGGUCACGUCACUCCGGAGGCGCAAGUUGGCGGUAACAUCGGUUUGAUCAAGGAUGGGGAUAUCAUCGAAAUCGAUGCCGAAAAGCGCACGAUGAACGCUGUCGAUGUAACCGAUGCCGAGUGGGAAAAGCGUCGCGCGACCUGGAAAGCACCGCCGCUGGAGGCUUCGUCGGGCACGCUUUACAAGUACUGCAAGCUCGUUGCGAGUGCAUCACAAGGUUGCAUCACCGACCUUUAA